AUGCUCUGCCAGAUCAUCAGUCAGGCCAACACACAUCCGAGCUUGAUACCCGUUUUCAUAGUUAUUGGAGCUGGAGGUAAGAGAGCAGCACUGUAUCUCUUGUGUUUGGUGUUAUUCAAUCUAGAUGUUAGUUGGGACAGCAAGAACAACACAGAGCCCUGGAACAAACUGGGUCCCAAUGAUCAAUACAAGUUCUACUCAGUGAAUGUGGAUUACAGCAUACUGGAGAAAGAAGGUCCAGAUUUCUAA